GCCGCCAUUGCUGUGGCCGGUGUGACAGGGGACGGACUUCAGGGCGGACAUGGGACCCCCACAUUCAGGCGUGCCGUAGCUUCUAAGGUCGGGAAGAGUUUAACACGAGAGCUCGCGGCUGGGGCCUAACUCCCUUAUUUGUCGUUUUUUUUUUAAAUUACAGAGAGAGAAUAGAUAAGGGAGGAGAAGAAGGCAGAGAGAACUGUUAGGCGGGGGAUAGUGGAGUUUUCUAGUGCUUACUAUAGGAGGGGGUACUGAGAGCUGUUCUGGCUAGCACUGUAUAGCAAGGAGGAGUCAGUUUUUUACGAUUUUUUGGGGGCUUAGUGGUUUUGUGAACUGUGUAGGCCCAGAUUGGGCUGUAAAACCAUAAGGGAGGAUUGGGUGCCAUUCUACUGAGUGUAGUCAAAAAUAAUUUGAAUAGUGGAAACUAGUGGGUCACAGAGCUGCUAAGAGCAGCCAAGGGGGUCACCCCCAAGGGGUGUGUUAUUGGGGGGCCCAGGCUCCAUUUGAUGGAUCCAAGGAUCGCCUGGUUACAGCCAGAGCAACUCGGUCCCUCCAACAGUUUGUGGAUGCAGAUCUGGGAGACUACUCAAGGCCUGAGGAACCUUUACUUCAACCACAACAGCCCCGCCUCCCCUGCACACAGCGGAUCUUCCACCAGCUCCUCGGGGUGCGAGGCCAACAUGCACAGGGAUAGUGGGCCAAUUCAAGCCUCGUCAGUCUCCACUAUGCAACCAUUGGCGGAGCAGGGGGACUUUCUACCUCUGGAGACCACCAUUAACAAUAACAACCAGCUAAUGAGCCACAGUCCUGGUGGGUGGAGAAAAGGACAUGACCACAUCAAUAGGAAUAAGCGAAAACGUGACAAUAAGGCUAGUACGUUCGGACUCAACUAUAGUCUAUUACAUGGCCCCUCUGGUAGCAAUCUCGGUGGGAGUUCAUACAAUGGGACACCUUGGAAAACCAGGAACUACAGCGAUGAGGUCAUUGGGCUUCAUGAGGAGAUUUUGGACUUCUACAAAUAUAUGUCCCCACGUCCAGAGGAGGAAAGAAUGCGAAUGGAGGUUGUUAAUAGAAUCGAAAAUGUUAUAAAGGAAUUAUGGCCAAAUGCAGAUGUACAAAUAUUUGGAAGCUUUAAAACCGGACUUUAUUUACCUACAAGUGAUAUUGAUCUUGUGGUGUUUGGGAAAUGGGAGACUUUGCCCCUAUGGACUCUAGAGGAAGCACUCAGGAAACACAACGUGGCUGAUGAGAACUCUGUCAAAGUCCUUGACAAAGCCACAGUACCAAUCAUUAAGUUGACUGACUCAUUCACUGAAGUAAAAGUGGACAUAAGUUUUAACGUCCAGAAUGGUGUGAAAGCAGCACAACUCAUCAGGGAUUUUAUCAAGGUUGGUAAUGAUGUGGGCCGGAGCUCAUACGGAGCUAUGCAGGUGAAGCAAGCCUUUGAUUAUGCAUAUGUCGUCUUAAGUCACGCUGUCUCUCCAAUUGCCAAGUACUAUCCUAACAAUGAAACGGAAAGCAUCUUGGGACGCAUUAUCAGGGUGACACAGGAAGUGGUCACUUAUAGAGAUUGGAUAUCGAAGCACUGGGGGCAGCAAAAUAGAUCAGAAACUGCAUACAACGGUAAUGAAGUGACUUUGAUAGUAGAUGUCCACCACUUGGAUAAAUGUAAUAAUAAUGUGUCGGAACCGAAAACUUCAGGUCAAGGCAAAAAUAAGACCUCCGAGGUGGUUGGCAAACACUCUUCCAACUCCUCCGGCCCCCUGUCAUCAUCCUCUUCUACCCUAUCCAGCUCCAGUGAUGUGAAGAAAGUCAUUAAACGUCUGUGCAUUCAGGACUCAGACGGGACACCAUUCAAAACCUUGAAGCAGCCAUCUUGCCGGCAAACCAGCGACAGCAGACCAGGCCCUCAAGAAACCUUCACUAGCUCAUCGCAGCCUAAUUGCAAACAGCAAACUAACCAGAGCAUAGUUUCUUCAAACAGCAGCAACAAAGGCCAGCAUGGAGCAACCAGAUUAUUUCGUUCCACCUCAUCCAGCAAAAGUUUUCAGAGUCAGCCGAACACUAGUCAUGGCACAUCCGUGCCAAGUAGGCACCCGCAAAGUGGUAGAGCACAACACCAGCACUUCAACAGCAAGAAACGCAAGCACAAGCGGGAGACAGACCUGUGCAGAUAGCUGCCGUGUGCCACACCGAACUAUUUCUCCACUUUGUGCAACAAAACAGUUUACAAAGCAACAGACUGUUAAAACAGCAAAUUGUCUUGUUUCCUUCUGUUUUCAUUUUCAGAACGGACUACAAAAUGGAUCAUGAGGAUUUGCAACCCCAGACAAGAAAAAGGAAAAAAAACUCAAAAAUAAGAAAGCUGCUCAUUUGAUGAAACAUUUAGGGGGAAGAAAGAUUUUUGCACUUCUGUAUUUGCUCCAUUAUAUAAGUCUUCGGAACUGGUGAACUCAUAUCCAGAGGUUUAUAGGCUAAUGAGAACAAAAAUAAAAAAGCAACAUUUUCAGAAAGGGUGUAUUUUGCAGAAACCCCCCACAUUUCAUGGGACGUUAAUUCUGCAUGAUUUUUUUAAUCAUUUUGAAUAUUCUACCAUUUUAUUGUGCGUUCAAUGAUAUAGGAAGCUGCAUUUUUUUUGUAAAAGUCUAUUUACUUUUUACAUAAAACUAAAAAAAAAAAAAAAAAAAAAUUGAAAAGAAAAUUGAAAAAAAAUUGAAACAAUAAGCUUAUAAAUAAUUGAACUCAGGACCAGUCUGGGAAAUAUAUCCAUAUUUUUUUUAAUAGCCCAGUUAUGUUUAAAAGAAACCACAAAUUAUCUAAAAAAUAAAUAAAAAAAAGUGAAUGGAUAACUGAAUCUAUCCCAUAAGACGAUUAAAUAUAUAUGUAUGUGAG